AUGGCUUCAUUAGCUUUUACAGGCAAUUUGGUCUCCAAAAUCAUACCUAAAAAGGGACAUAUAAGCAUUGUUUAUAUACAAUCUGGGCAGUACAGCAGUGAGCAAAAUCUAGCUGCGUAUAAACGUGGUACCGGUGGCCGCAGCAGCUUCAAUGGAGUAGUAGCCACUGUGUUUGGAUGUACAGGAUUUGUUGGCCGCUAUGUGUGCAACAGACUUGGCAAGAUCGGUACUCAGAUGAUUUUGCCUUAUAGAGGAGACUUCUAUGACGCAGCUCGUUUGAAAGUGUGUGGUGACCUGGGUCAAGUUUUGUUUGCACCCUACGACCUCCGAGAUGAGGAGUCUAUCAGGCGAGCGGUGAAAUACUCCAAUGUUGUCAUCAAUCUUGUCGGAAGAGAUUAUGAAACUAAAAACUUUAAAUACAAGGCUGUACAUGUUGAUGGACCGCGCCGUCUCGCCAGAAUCAGCAGAGAAAUGGGUGUGGAUAGAUUCAUUCACCUUUCUUACUUGAAUGCUGAACCGAAUCCUAAACCUUUAGUGAUGAAGUCCCCAUCUAUGUACAAGGUGUCCAAGUAUCACGGGGAGCUGGCCGUCAAAGAAGAGUUCCCUACAGCCACAAUCAUACGAGCUUCUGAUAUCUAUGGCUCAGAAGAUAGAUUUAUAAGGUCGAUAGCGUCAAUCUGGCGCCGCCACAACCGCUACAUGCCUCUGUACCGCAACGGCAUGGAGACUGUGAAGCAGCCGGUGUACGUGUCCGACGUGGCGCAGGGCAUCGUGAACGCGGCCAGGGACCCCGACACGAGGUGCCAGGUGUACCAGGCGGUUGGGCCCAAAAGAUAUUUAUGGCACGAACUAGUCUGGUGGUUCUUCCGGCUGAUGCGUAAAGACGAGAAGUGGGGCUUCAAAACGUAUGAUAUGAAGUAUGACCCUGUCCUGCCUUUCAAAGUGGCUCUGGCCAAUAUGUCCCCCGCUUAUCCUUUCGGAUCUCUACAUUGGGAAGGUCUGGAGAAGGAAGCUACCACAGAUAAUGUUGUGAAAGGAGUCCCAACUCUCGAAGACUUGGGUGUGACUCUCACACCAAUGGAGGACCAAGUUCCAUGGGAGCUCAGGCCCUACCGAGCCCACCAGUACUACAUUGAUCAAAUCGGAGAGUUCCCGAGACCACCCAACCCAAAAGUUGUUAAUUAUUAA